AUGCUUUUCCUUUCUGCUGCGACGGAGGAGGUCACCGUAACCAGAGUAGAGAAGCCCGUCAUCACCACGUUUACGAGCUACACCACCAAAGCCGAGUCCAAUCCAGCCCUGGGGACAAUUACCAACCACUACACUGCCACCGUCACCGAUAUUGCUACGGAAUACCUUACUGAGCCUGUCUAUGAGACCACAACCCGCUUCGUUACCAGCUUGGUUUCGGAUUCUUUUUCAGAAUUUAUCACCCAGUUCACCAGCGCCAUUAUCACGGACUGGACAAUCGAGACGACUACAGAGACCCUCACCAAUACACUCACUGAUUAUGAAACCAAGUUCAUUACCGACUAUAUCACGCUCACCGAGACUGACGUUGUUACCAACACGAUCACAAAUCUGGAUAUCCAGACUGUUACCAACUAUCAUACAGAGACCCUCACUCUUUCGUAUACUGACACCGUUUUUGCAACCGAAAUCGAUACGGUGACCUCAACUGCCAUCCAGACUACUGAGGUGACCGACACAGAGAUCGAUACGUAUACUGUUGUUGAGACUACACUGGAUACAAUCACCAACCCUUUUUACAAUACGGUCACCGACUACACCACAGAAACCAUCACGACCGAGCUGACAGAUGGUAUCACGGUGAUAACCACAAGUUUUAUGACUGCUGUUCCAGCAAAGCGUGAUCGUGGCGUCAAUUACUAUCCUCGUCGACCAUUUCCCACACCUUCGGGGUUGAAUGGCAUUGCGGCCACUGCGCUUUCCGUGGCAUGCUCCGAGCUUCAUAUUGACGCUUGUAUCUCGACUGCGUUCACUACGAUAACAUUACCCAAGCAAACAGUAUGGUACCGUCCAGACUAA